CCUGCAUCCACCGCAGAGGAAGGUGGGAGCAGCAGCAGGUGAGACGCUUCAGGCCGACACUGAGCUCUGAUCGGCUGUGUUCCAUCAUGAGUCGGUGGCGUCGUUCGGUGGAUGAGCUGACAGCAGGACGGCGGCGGCAGCAGGCAGAGUGUGGCGCUCAGAAUGCUCUGAGUCGGGUCACUUCCUGCUUCCAGCAACUGGCAGCGUCACUGGGAAGUUCAGCCGACAGCAGCUUCCUACGGGAAGAGAUGGACGAGACGAGAGCGCUGGCUCACCGGAUCUGCUCAGGUCUGUCUCGCCGCCUGCUGCGCCUGCUGUCAGCCUGUGACUCCGCCCCCGUUGCCGUGGAUGACAGACAUGCUUCAGAGCGACUGUGGGUUCUCUUCCUGUCUGCAGUGGAGAACUUCCUGUCUGACCUCCGCAGGGCCAAAGAUCUGAUUGGUCAGUUCCCCCUGACCCAGCGCUCCAGCAGACGCUCACUGGUGAACACAGGAUGUUCCGACGGCCCGGUGGGUCUGGCGGCCCGGGUGGCGCUGGUCCAAGUCCCCUGGCUGGUUCUGGAAGAAGAACCCAGUCCAGAUCUGACCAAUCACAUCGCAGGCCUGGAGGCCCAGCUGGGUGAGCUGCAGCAGAGGGUCCCGGUGGCGUUCUGGUCGGUUGAGUCGACCCAGCCGGCGUGGGCCGAGGCUCUGAGCGACGCCGAGGAUCCGGAGGAAAGCCUGGAGGACUUGAUGGAGGUGGCGUCGUCCAGCGGCACCAAGCUGCCCGCCUGCUGCCAGGGAACCUGCUGCUGGGUCGGAUAGGCCCGGUUCAGCAGGUUCCGAGAGCUCCAAUAGAAAUCUUCUAUAGAAAUAUUGACCCAGAAUGUAGCAGAGGACUAGAAUAAUGUGAAAAUUAUAGCACAGAAAGUUCAGUGGAAGGAAGAAGUGCCCAUCCAUUCAAUCUGAAGGAGCAGACGACCUUCAGAUUCAACAGGUGAUCUGCUGGUUCUGUCGGGUCCAGAGUUAACACAUCUAUCAGAGCCAUUAGUCUUCAAUAAGAUUCUGCAGCAGAACAUCUGUUUCACUGAUCUGAACAUUUCAGUUUGAGA